AUGACAAAAUCAAAAGGGUACGAGCUCUAUAAUCCUGUCAACGAAAAGAUGGCUGUGAGUCGUGAUGUGAAGUUCGAUGAAUAUUUCUUGGAAUUGGGAACCGAAACAACUCCUUUGAGUUUUGAAGAGACUAGUAAAGAGAAGAAAUGGAGACAAGCCAUGGAAGAGGAGAUUCGAGUCAUUGAAAGAAAUGAUACAUGGGAACUCAUUUCACUUCCAGCGAGUCAGAAGUCUAUUGGUAUCAAAUGGAUAUUCAAAGAGAAAAAGAAUUCCAAAGGAAAUAAUCUGAGUCUUUUUGAAGAUUUCAAGAAUAAUAUGGCCCGAGAAUUUGAGAUGACAUAUAUUGGCUUAAUGUUAUUUUAUCUCGGAUUAGAAGUGCAUCAAUCGGAUGAUAGAAUUGGGCAACAAACAUAUGUGAAGGAAGUUCUGGAUAGAUUCAAUAUGUCAAAUAAAAAAUUGGUGGCUACCCCUAUGGAGGUUGGAGCUAAAUUGAGCAAAAACAAAAAUGGAGAAAAGGUAUUUGACAUGUACUCGAUUCAUGGAUGUGCCCACGACGGAGCACGAGAAGGCGACAAAGUUGAUUUUGAUAUAUUCGAAAGCUCGGAAAUGGUGGAUUUUUCCAACAAUCUCACCGAUGAAGAUGAUGACCUGCUGAAUCACUCUCCAGAAUCAGACAACAUCGAUAGCCAUCCUCUUCCCCUCGACCUCUUUUUUUCUGAAGAACUUGACGAAUUAACUGUAUCUUUUGUUGAUUCAUUUUUUGACUUUGAGACUAUGGAUAAUUUGAUCGAAGGGAUUCCGAUUUCAGUAACGUCUGAUAUUAACGCGGAUGCUGUACAAGAAACGAAAGCCGAAGAUGGAUUCGUAGCAUUGGGAAAUUCAGGCUCAGGCUCAGGCUCAGGUUCGUCUAUUGUGGAUGAUAUUGAGAUGGUAAGUCUGCAAGUGGCGUCAACUGACUUGAUUGUUGAGAAUGAUAACGUUAGUAAGCCGGGUGAACCGAUUGUUGACAAUCAAAACGCAGAUGGGUUCGUAGCAUUGGGAAAUUCAGGCUCAGGUUCGUCUAUUGUUGAUGAUAUGGAGAAGAUAAGUCUGCAAGUGGUGUCAACUGACCUGGAUGUUGAGAAUGCUAAUGUUAAUGAACAGAUUGUUGACAAUCAUAACGGAGAUGAUGCAGUCAAGAAUGGUGAAAUUUCGCUUUCUAAGAAGGAAGAUAAGAAGGAAGAAGUUAGCGAGAGUAGCUCGGAUUCAGAGAGCUCUGAUUCAUCAUCAUCUUCUUCUUCCUCGUCUUCAAGCAGUGAAGAUGACGAUGAUGAUUCCAGUAGCGAAGAAGAUGAUGAUACAGAUGAAGAUGUAGAGAAGAAGAGAGUAAAAGAUCCCAACAUGGAAGAAGGCGAGAUAAGCGAUUCAGAUAUUGAGAAUAUGAUUGCUUGCAGCGAUGAAGAUGAUGAAAAUGGCUUUGUCGCCAAAGAGCCUAUUAGAUCCGCCAACGAGCUUGUGAUUCUCCCUCAUGUUCCUGAAAUAACCGCACGUUUGGAAUCAAACCACAUAACUGAGCCCGUUGGAAAAAUCCAAUCUGUAAGUUCCCUUGAUUAUAGAACAAUUAUCGGGAACCAAGUAAUUGUGGAGGGAGUUGAAAAACACAAUCCUCUAAACGAGGGUUCUAUCAUGUGGCUAACUGAAAGUAGAUCCCCAUUGGGACUCGUUGACGAAAUCUUUGGACCUGUCAAGAAUCCUUUCUACAUAAUCCGUUUCAAUUCAGAGAAUGAAAUUCCGAAAGGAAUCAAAGAAGGUACAGCAGUGUCGUUCGUUUCCGAGUUUGCCGGUCACGUUCUAAACGACCCAAGUGUCCACAAGAAAGGGUACGACGCUUCCGGUUUGAACGACGAAGAAACCGACGAGACAGAGUUUUCCGACGACGAGAAGGAAUCUAAGCACAAGAGAUUGCUAAAAGGGAAGAAUAAGAGUAGUAGUAACGAUAUUCAUACGUUUGGAAAUUCGAAAUUCAACAAAAGGAACAAAAACCGAGGAACAACAACAAGUACAUGGAAGAACAACAAUAAAGAGGUUCAAAAUGUGCAAAGCCAACAAAGUGUUCCAACAGGAGGUGGUUCGAAUCAGAACAUGGGUCAUCCUCCUAUGAUGUUUAAUUUAGGUCAACCUCCCUCCGGACAAGUAGUUCCACCUUCAAAUGGAGUUUGGAUGAAUGGAAAUCCUAACCAACAGCAACAGCAACAACCUCAAUUUCAUUCCGGGAACCAACAACCUCAAUUUCAUCCUGGGAACCAACAACCUCAAUUUCAUCCUGGGAACCAACAACCUCAAUUUCAUCCCGGGAUGAGUAAUCCAAAUGGGUUUCCUUCGAACGGAAUGCCAUGGCCAGCUUCUGUUAAUCCCCCCACUCCUUUCCCGAUGGGCAUGCCAAUGCAGUUCGGGCAGGGUGUACCCGGCGGUCAAUCGGGUUGGCCUGCAAACAUGGGUCAAAAUGUUAUGGGUCAGCCGUUCCCUUUUGGGAUGGGUAUGCAUCAAAAUCCGACACCUACUGUUAACCAACAACCGGGCAUGAUGGGGCAGGGAUUCGGGAUGAUGAAUGGGCAGGGACAGCCGAGUAUGAAUGUCGGUUUUCAAGGGUUCAAUGGAAAUUGUCAAGGAUUCAACAUGGGUGGUGGUGGUGGUAACAACAGUAGUGGCGGUGGUGGUAACAGUGGUGGUGAUGGUGGUUGGAGAGGAGGCGGUAGAGGUGGUGGUAGUAGAGGUGGCGGUAGAGGUGGUGGAGGGCGGUUCAGAGGCGGCAGAGGGCGGCAGCAGCGUCAUUGA